AUUCACGCUAAUUUGUGUGCUGUUACUUAUUAGCGUGGCGUCUCGCUUUGUGCAGAGCGCGAAGAAGGCUGUCCCACUUCCACCAGGCCCUGACGAAAGCUGGUUUGAACCUGGGCCGAAGGCGCCUAUGAAAUAUGCGGAGAUGGCGAAGACAUAUGGUCCCGUGUUCUCGUACAAGCGAGGUAACCAGGUCGUGUGCAUUAUCAACAGCUACAAGGAUGCGGUAGAGAUCAUGCAGAAGCAUGGCGCGGACCUCGCUGGCCGCCCUGAGCACAUUGCUGCCGACUUUCUCUCAGGCGGCAUGGGCGCGUUGCUCGUUGAUGCAGGGGAGAGGCUGAGGAGGCUGAGGAGAGCGCUGCACUCACAUCUGCAGCCUACAGCCGCCGUGCAGCACAAACCUAUCCAAUUCAAGUGCGCGCUGGAUCUCAUCCUGGAUGCCCUCCACGACCCCGAGGACCACAUUAAUCACACAAAACGCUUCGCCGCGAGCCUGAUCCUGACGAUGACGUACGGCAAGACGACGCCGACGAAGUACAGCGACCCCGAAGCAGUGGAGAUCAAUGUGCACACGACGCGCCUCGGAAAAGUCGUGCCCGCGGGUCAGCACAUCGUGGACCGGUACCCUUUACUCAGGCACGUGCCAUUCGCGACGGCAACACUCCGUAGGUGGCACGAGGAGGAGCUUGCGCUGUAUACGAGGAUGAUCGAAGGCGUAAGGGCGCAGAUUAGCGAGCACAAGGCACAGCCCUCAUUCGCCACCUAUCUUUUGGAGCACCAAGAGGAAUAUGGACUGUCGGACGACGAACUGGCGUACCUAACUGGGUCGAUGUUCGCGGCCGGGUCAGAUUCUACCGCAACCGCGAUCUCCUUCGUGAUUUUAGCGGCAGCAUCUCAUCCCGAAAUCCAAGCAGAAGUACAGGCGCAGCUAGAUAGUGUAGUUGGCAAAGACCGAGUUCCUACGUUCGACGACGAGAAGCUAUUGCCGCUAGUGGUUGCUUUUUACCUUGAGACCUUCCGUUGGAGGCCAAUCAGCUUGGGAGGGGUCGCACAUCGUGCCACUAGUGAUAUCGUUUGGAACCAGUAUGUCAUUCCUGUGGAUGCUGCAGUUUUUGGAAACCACUGGGCCAUUGGGCACGAUCCAGAUGUCUUCCCAGACCCGGACGAGUUCAGACCAAGUCGGUGGUUGGAUACGACAGGCAAUGUCCGUGAAGAUAUCAGUUCAUUCACAUACGGCUUUGGCAGGAGGGUAUGCAUAGGGCAACACGUGGCCAGCAACUCGGUAUUCAUCAAUACAGCUCUGCUAUUAUGGGCCUUCGACAUCCGCGAGGAUCCUGCGGCGCCGAUCGAUACGAUGGGUUUUACAGACUCGGGUACGGUACGCGUACUGCCGUUCCGAGUGAAAUUUUCGCCAAGGAUUGAGCACCUGGAGGAUAUCAUAGAGGCGUCCAGACCGUAAGAAGUAUGCUCCUUUGCGCAACACAGGCUACCUCCGUGGUAGUGUGUGGUCUCUGGUACAGUCUCUGCGAACGAACGUCGGAGCUGGCAAGGAUGGUUCUAGCUUAGAAUAAAGAGAAUGGUGACCCAGGGAAAUAGAAAGUCUG